AUGGCCGACAACGAGCGACCACGCGCAGCCUACAGCGACCCCUUCGAGCGCGACACCCGGCGCGCACCCCGCGAAAGCCGCGAUCGAGGCGGCACACCCACCGAGCGCCGCGGCAACCGCUCACGCAGUCCGCAAGAGCGCGGCGCCGGCCGACGCGACAACCGGUACCGCUCGAGAUCGCCCUUCCGCAAAGACGAGCGCGACGGUGGAGUCAGGGGAGGAAGAGGACGGGGACGUGGUCACGACCGCGGACGGGGCCGCGACGACAGGAGAGGAGGUGGAGGUGGACGAGACGAGCGCCCCGGGGGCAACUUCCGCGAUCGCUCGCCCCAGCCGCCUAAAGGGCCACGCAGCGAUCAUGCGCCUCCUGCUCGCAGUGCCCGACCUCCCCCAACCGGUCCCCGUUCCUCCACCGGCGACCCUACCAAUAUCAAGAAGGAAGAAGAAGCCACACCCGACGUCGAGAUGAAAGAUGAGCGCCAGAAACCAGAAGACAUGGACGACGACGAGUGGGAGAUGCUGAAGAUCAUGGGGUUCGGCGGGUUCAAAAGCACGAAGAACACAAAGGUACCCGGGAACGAUAAGAAUUUUGGGGUGAGGAAGGAUAAGCAGUUGCAGGCUAGGCAGUAUAUGAAUCGGCAGGGUGGAUUUAAUAGGCCGUUGAGUCCUGGUAGGAGUUGA